GCAUUUAUUGUGACUUUGUCGGGGUUUAUUGCUGCUAUAGUAGUGGAUUCACAUCAGUGUUAUGCCUGGCAGAGAUUUUGCUUGGUGUGUCUGAAUAGAAAGCAGGACGCCUCACAGUCUGAAUGACAUGUUCCCUCUUUUUCUCUCUCUGUCACCCUGACUAUAGGCAUGCUGCAGUGAAAUGGAGAGAGGAGAGGUAUAAGGAGAGAGAGGGGAUAUGUUAUGAGGAGACAAUGAGAAGCCAGACAAGACUGGACGCCCGAAACUAGUCAUUUGGAACAAGAGUGUCUCCUGCCGUCCGGUUUAACUCAUCUGACAGCAUCCUGCUGGCUUUUGAAAAGGGCAUGAAUUCAGUGGACGCUAAUAAUCCCUGCUGGAAUGUAAUUCCCUAAAAGUGGCUGCUCAACGCGUGUCGUGAAUCUAUAUGUCUUGGGCAGUACUACAUAUGAAAAAAAGUUGUAUAAAGCAUUUUGUGGCUCCAGAGGGAGCUGCGCAAAGUCUCAAAAAUGACCUCAAGUGACGAAACACGAGUCAGCAUCCGUUGGGAAUGAAGACCACAGAAUGGACAUCCCUCUCUAGCUUGCUGCUCACCAUUUCUCCCACUGCACAAUGAGCUGGUGACCACUGUGUGGAGUUCUGAUGAGUGCAGGAAACGUGUGAAGAAAAUACUUAACCAACAACCAGUCAAAGGGCAAGACGGAGCAGCAGUAUGACCUUAUUGUUCACCCAUUCAAUCCCCACAGAUCUUGACAGAUGUAAAAGUGCAAGCCAAGGCUGUAGGCUGUUGGAUGAUUGGAUAAGGUCAGUAGGAACUCUUCUGUAGGGGUUGUAUUGUGCUUUUGCUCAGGAGGGAGAGCACCUUGUUGCUGCUCUGUCUGUGCCCUCCAAAUGUUGCUGCUGCAUUCCCAGUGGAUUGGGUUAAAGAUACUGAAAAAUGUGUUUACAUUUUAACCUGCCCCAGGGUGCUGUAAACAGGUAGGCACAUUUAUUUAUAGCAAGUUGCACCAAAGUGAUGUGCUUUACAUUAUGCAAUGACACAACUCCUCCCUGCACAUAUUGUUUUUACUUUGGUGGUUUCAUUGCCGCACGAUACAUGAUAUUUUUUAACCACUACUGGACCUUCCAAUAUACAGCCACAUGAAAAAGACGGACUUAUUCCCGUUAAUAUGUCCGUUUUCUUUCAUGUCAGAUGAGCUUUUCAGUCGCUGGCUGCUUUCACAUGUUAAAGAAACGCAUCUCUGACGAGCUCCGGAGUGCAUCGAGAGUCAGGAGCGUCUUCCUUCUCACGUCUGGUCAGCCGCGGAGUGAAGAAGGCACGAAAAAAAAAAAAUAAAUAAAGAUUACCCUCUGACUGUGAGUGUGUGCGCGCAAGAGGUAGGGACGAGACUUCGCCUGCACCUCAGUCUGCUCUGCAUCUUUCCACCGGACCGCAGUGGAUACAGCCGACUGUGCGGGACUACAUCUACAACACAAGAUGUAAAGGAGGUGUUUCACGGGUCCGUUUAUUUGAAGGAGCACGGCACAAAGCGAGAUCACUGCCUGGCUUUUUCUUUGCGCUCCCUGAUAAGUGGGAUGCAGGAUACGCAGCAUCACCGGUAUCGUUAGAAUAAACCUAAUAGAUAGACCUUCCAGUUCAGUAGGCCUAUCAGAUUUCAAGGCAACGUAAGUGGUGAAGACUAAACAGGGAAAAUAAAACUCUGUGAAAAGGACUGCUUUUCCGCGGGAGAUAAAGUGAGGAGGGAUAAUUUUUCCAACUAUUUUGGAUGUGGAUGUUUUUUUAUUUACCGGGCGCGCUAAUGCCCCAUAAAACAGGAACUGAUCUGGCCAUCUAAAGAUCACAUUGAACUGGACUGCUGUUGAUCUUAUCGGCAACGCAUUUUAUCUGCCCAGCGGGUCUCGGUGGUGGGGGGAAGCGCGGAACAAGACCCAGAGAACUAUAGGGGGGGGGGAUUGAGUUACAUUGCAAUUACGCUUUUUGUGCAAAACGACGUAUUUCUGCGGGCAGCGGACACACACACACACACAACCUGAGCCAAACUAACUGAGAAUUUAUUUUCAACCUGGACAAGAGGGAGCACACGGAUAACCAGAGUGUCUGUACACAGCAGCGCAGCGUGCGGAGCCCAAACUCUGCGUGUGUGUGUGUAUACACCCUUGUGCGAGAGCCGGGGCGCACAUACUAAACUAUAUGUGUAUGUUGUGAGAUGAGGAGAAGCUAAGUGGCUACCACAACCACCCAGAUCAGACAGCCUCCUGUGCUGCAAGAUGGAUUAAAGCCCCACACCUCAGGAGAUCAAAGGUGGCUGUGACAGGGGCACCCCCGGGGCAGGACCCAUGAGGAGUCAUAGAAGAUGCUCACAGCCUGGGCGCUUCUGCUCUUCUUAGCCAUGUGGGUGAGAAGUACCUCUGGUGGCCCGCUCUCCUUCAGAAUAGCUGCCAUCCUUGAUGACCCUAUGGAGUGCAGCAGAGGAGAGCGUUUGGCCAUCACGCUGGCCAAAGACAGCAUCAACAGGAACAGUAACCGCUCAACCACUGGCAAGCUGGAGGUGGACAUCUUUGAACUGCUGAGAGACAGUGAAUAUGAGAUGGGGGAAACAAUGUGCCAGAUCAUGUCUAAAGGGGUGGUGGCAGUCCUGGGUCCCUCUGCCAGUCCAGCCUCCAACUCCAUCAUCAGCAAUAUCUGUGGAGAGAAGGAGGUGCCCUAUGUCAAGGUGGCUCCAGAGGAUAUUCUGAAGGUUCAGUUCCCACGGUUCACCACUCUGGACCUGAGGCCAACCAACACCGACAUCAGCCUGGCUGUGGCUGGCCUUCUCACCUUCUUUAACAGCACCACCGCCUGCCUCCUUUGUGCACAGGCUGACUGCUUAUUGAACCUGGAGCAGCUCCUCAGGCAGUUCCUCAUCUCCAAGGAGACUCUGUCAGUGCGCAUGCUUGAUGACAGCCAGGACCCGACCCCGCUACUGAAGGAGAUACGAGAUGACAAGACUGCCACUAUUAUAGUCGAUGCCAAUGCCACCAUGUCACAUAUCAUUUUGGAACGGGCAUCAGAGCUGGGAAUGCUGUCAGUCUACUACACAUACAUCUUCACCUCUCUGGAAUUCUCUUUACUCCGACUGGACGACGUUGGGGACCAACGAGUCAACAUAGUCGGCUUUUCAGUCUUCAACAAAACUCAUCCCUACUUCCAGGAUUUUGUGCUAAGCCUCAACCGCUCCUGGCAAGAGAACUGUGACCAUGCACCCUUCGCUGGCACCCCACUCUCCUCAGCUCUGCUCUUUGAUGCGGUAUAUGCGGUGGUGGCGGCGGUCCAGGAGUUGAACCGUAGCCAGAAUGUUGGCGCCACUCAGCUCUCCUGCAAGUCCUCCAAGAUCUGGGAGCAUGGCACCAGCCUCAUGAAUUACCUGAGGAUGGUAGAAUUGGAUGGUCUAACAGGCCACAUUGAAUUCAACAGCAAAGGCCAGCGGUCUAACUAUGCCUUGAGGAUCAUGCAGAACAGCAAGGAUGGCCUAAGGCAGAUUGGCCUGUGGCAUUCUGAAGAUGGACUGUCCAUGGAGAGAAAGCUUCCAUCAAUCAAUGUGACAGACACCCUCUUCAACACUACUCUUACCAUCACGACAAUAUUAGAGAAUCCAUAUGUGAUGCUGCGGCCGAACCACCAAGAACUGGAGGGAAAUGACCGCUACGAAGGCUUCUGUGUGGACAUGCUGAAGGAGCUGGCAGAUAUUCUCAAGUUCAAGUAUCGCAUCCGUCUGGUGGGGGACAGACUGUACGGGGUUCCUGGAGCCAACGGAACAUGGACCGGCAUGGUCGGGGAGCUCAUCUCAAGGAAAGCUGACUUGGCAGUCGCAGGCCUCACCAUCACAGCAGAGCGUGAAAAGGUCAUCGACUUCUCCAAGCCCUUUAUGACCCUCGGCAUCAGCAUCAUGUACCGCGUCCACCUGGGCCGUAGGCCAGGCUACUUCUCCUUCCUGGAUCCCUUCUCCCCUGGAGUCUGGCUCUUCAUGCUUCUGGCCUACUUGGCUGUCAGCUGCGUCCUCUUUCUGGUGGCCAGAUUGACACCUUAUGAGUGGUACAACCCACACCCGUGUCUAAAAGGUCGCUGUAACCUGCUGAUCAACCAGUACUCACUUGGCAACAGUUUCUGGUUCCCUGUUGGAGGCUUCAUGCAGCAAGGAUCCACCAUUGCUCCCAGAGCUCUGUCCACACGUUGUGUCAGCGGAGUGUGGUGGGCCUUCACAUUAAUCAUCAUCUCAUCCUACACUGCCAACCUGGCUGCCUUCCUAACAGUCCAGAGGAUGGAGGUGCCGAUAGAGUCAGUAGAUGACCUGGCAGAUCAGACGGCGAUAGAGUACGGCACCAUGCACGGAGGCUCCACAAUGACCUUCUUCCAGAACUCUCGCUAUCAGACCUACCAGCGUAUGUGGAACUUCAUGCACUCAAAACAGCCCAGUGUGUUUGUGAAGAGCACGGAGGAGGGCAUCGCCCGUGUUCUCAACUCCAACUAUGCCUACUUGCUAGAGAGCACCAUGAACGAGUACUACCGCCAGAGGAAUUGCAACCUGACUCAGAUUGGAGGACUGCUGGACACCAAGGGCUAUGGCAUUGGCAUGCCACUGGGGUCGGUGUACCGUGAUGAGUUUGACCUGGCCAUCCUCAAAAUGCAGGAGGACAAUCGUUUGGAGAUCCUCAAGAGGAAGUGGUGGGAUGGUGGCAAGUGUCCAAAGGAGGAGGACCACCGGGCCAAAGGUCUGGGCAUGGAAAACAUUGGCGGUAUCUUCGUGGUGCUGGUGUGUGGCUUGCUGGUGGCUAUCUUCAUGGCAGUGCUGGAGUUUGUCUGGAUGUUAAGGCAGACACCAGGAAAUGAGCAGUCAGUGUGUGAGGAGAUGCUGCGGGAGCUCCAGGGGAUCGUCUUGUGUCGCGACAGCCUGCAGGUGAGGCGCCGGCGGUCGUCUUCAAUAAUGCGGCCGCGGCCCUUGCCCCUGGAGGAGCGUCGGGCGCGAGCUGCUGCCGUCAGCCUCAGCAACGGCAAGCUCUGCGGUGGCACCGGACUGCCUGAACCCCUCUCCCACAGACUGGCACAGGAGGCUGCCCUGGUUGCGAGGGGGUGCAGCCACAUCCGCAUUUGCCCCGAGUGCCGGCGCUUCCAGGGACUGAGGAUGCGUCCUGCAGGGGCCACCGGGACCGUCCCAUCUCCCACACACAGUGAGGAGAGCAUAGAGUGGGACAAGACCACAAAUAGCAGUGAACCUGAAUAACGCCCGGCGAUUCCAACAGGACUGACUUUCCCAGCAGCCACCUCUCUACCUUCCAGGAAUCAAAGAUCACGUGGUAUUUUGAUUCAGCCAGUCGGAGCUUUAUCUUAAAGGGCAGGACAAUGCUGUAAACUUUGUUUUGCCCUAGAGGCAACAGCCAGUAGUCCGUUUUGGAAUCUCCUUGGGUGAAUUUUUCCUUGUUCAUAGGAGAAACUGAUGAGUCUGUCUCGUUGUGGUCUGUCCCUGUUGGCCCUUUGUACCGUGUAAAACAGGACGAACAAAAACAGCUAUGGGGCUUUUGUACUAUGCAGUAUUUUCAGUCAUUUAUCAUUGUGCUGUUUCUUUUUCUUUCCUUUUUAAAUUAUUUCUGUCCUCUGUUGUAUUAUCAGUACUGAAUAUUGUUAUUCUAUUCUUAAAGAAAAACUUUAAACAAGUUCCUUUUUUUAUCUGACAAUUUACUGUAUGAACGUAUAUUGCCUCUGAAGAGCUGCGAAGAUGAACAGACUAAUGCAAGGUCAUCCUUCAAAUCCUUUUAUUUUGAAAGUGCCAAAAACCACAAGUAUUAUCUUGUGGCUAAAGAAAGCACCACAGCCUUGAGAAGACAACAGACUCAACGGAACCUAGAAAACAAACAAACGGAGACAUACAGACACACAGACUUCUUUUAUAGUAGUGAUAUUCUAUUAAAAAAUGUUUUAACUGUUGGUAUCUCUGAAAGACAGCGAUGCAUGUCCAGAGGUGUUGGCAGGUGCUCAUUGAAUGAUAAAUUGCUAAAAGUGGUGGCUGAGUAGCUGAAAGAAUGAUUUCCUUUUUUCAAUACCUGCUUAAAAACAUAAUGGCUACACACAAACACACAUACACAAAGACUUCUGUUUAUUUCCUUCUUCCUCUGUGUGUUGACAUUACUUUCUCCUCCAUCUGUCCUACAUCUCUUGACACCAUGACACAUUUAUUGUCUCAUCACCUGUCCUCUUUAUGAUCUCUCACUUAAAAAGAUUUACACAGUCUCCUGCACAGUAUACACUCUCUGUUAGAGAUUAAGAGGUCCUUUUCUCCAUCUCACAUAUUCAAAAAUGAUUCAAGUUUCGUGCGGACAAGCUUGUGUAAGAAUAAAACCCAGCAUAUAUCAGAACCAACCAAAAACAUGACGUCCUUGGUAAAAGGGUUUUUAUAGCAGCAGAUGAGUCGAGUUCUUUUAAAUGUCAAGGUAGUUUAACUUUUAUUGAAUGUGAUGUUUUACACGCUGCUUUUGAUGAGUAUUUCAGUUCAGAUCAGCCCAGACACUCUCUGACAUUUUCGUACUUUUACAAAAACCCAAACCAAACUUAGAAUAUAUUAAUCGUGUGUUUAAGAGCCGGAUUUUUAAUGCAAACUGAUAAAGAACGUAAUUGAAAGAUGAUUCUGUCAACUGUCAAACUGAAAUGAUUCAAUUAUUCUACUUUUCAGUCACUUUUUGAAAUGUAUCACUUCAGUUUUAGUUGCCUUUAUUUGCAUUAUAGCAACCAUACCUCCAGAAGUGAAUGAGAACAAACCACCAGCAACAGGAUUCUUAGGAUUCUUAGAUUACUUUCUGCAUAGACUGUGACACAUGACUUCGUAUUUCCCCACUGAACUGACCAGUUUGAAGGUGUUACUGUUUGAUAGCCUGACUGUUGCACAGUGGGAAUCAGCGGUCAUCCACCUGUCUUCACUGCUUCUUGCUUAUCUCUGAUGUGUCCAUCAUUUAAAAUCUGGCCAUCAGUUCUGUCAAUCACCAUCCCUCAAAACUAGGCCACUCAACACUCAACUCAACACAGCUGGAAGGUACUGCAGCAGUAUCUCACGUUCUCACGCCACGUUCACUUUCUAUCUUCGUCAUUUUUCACCUGCAGGUUGUCAUGGUUAGAAACUCUCUGUAUAUGCUCUUUUAAAGUAGCAACCUGGAAAAGGAGUGAAUGUUAAAUUGAGGUGUCCAAUCCAUUGAUCAUUCACUAUGUUUCGGGGGUUUUUUUCACUUUGUUGUCAGUAGGUCACAUCUCAUUCUUCACGUCACAAAAUCAAAAUAGAUCACAGUACCUACACACAAAUCAAAACCUCCAUUCUAAUCCACACCCGCCCCCACCCUCCACCCACAAUCAACACAAGGCUCUCUCUUUCACACAUAAAGAAGCCAACAUAAAUCUUGCUGAAUGGUUCCUGAAUGGCUGAGCAACGCUUAGAAUCUUCCAUGCAAAGUUCUUUCAAAAAACUAAAGAAAGAUGAAAUUAGUAACAAUAACAAUUAAGGGAAAAAAUCCAUAGAACUGUGAUAGUAGAUUGUCACAUAAAGAGUAAAAACCUAAAUCAGUUAACCCUAGAACAAAACCUGCUAAUAAUUCAGCAUCCCCUCCUCAUUUGAAUAAAUCUCCAAGUUCAUCGUACCUGAAAAGUUACCAAAAAUGAAAGAAAAAUUGCCCAAAAAGCUUCAAAAAUUUACUUACAGUUUUUCCUCUCUACAGGUACCAUUUCUCUAAUGGUAAACGUGAUAUUGGAGGAGCAUUUUCCUUCAGGGAUAACAAAAUACAUUUCUUUGCAAAGUAAUUAAUCAUAAUUAACAUCUUGCAUUUUCUGAGAUCAUUUGCCAUGUUUAAAUGUAUUUAUGUUGAUUUAGAAUAAUGAUAAGAACAUGUAGUUUGGAUCUCAGACACACAUGUGGGGGGUCACACUGUUUUGCCAUUUCAUCUGCCCAGUAACAUCUCAAUAACCUGUUAUUGCAUUAAUGGCCGUGAUUGGUAUGCUGUUUCAGAAGCUGGUGAACAUGUGAUACUGUGGUGGAUCAACCGCUGACAGACCUGGAGUGAACUGCAGUAUUAGCACAAUUGUACUAAUACAGAGUUUUCAGUGAAUUGAUGGUUCUGAACAUUAGGGUGACUACAAUCACAAAUGAGUGGAAUUUCUAUUUGAGGGGGCUUUUUUCCCACAUUUUUUCAUGUCAGUUGCUGAAAAAUUUUUCAGAACUUCAGAUGGCAUUUCGACUCAGGUCUGGAGCGUGUCUGAACUACCACAAGAACACAUCAGUGUUUGAAACAGCGCUGAUUCUGCUUGAUUUGACACCCCAUAGAAAUGAAUGGGAAUCGCAGAGGCAUUAUAUUAUCUGCUGAAGUGCCAAUAGUGCCAAUGCACCUAAUCCUGAAGUAAUGACAGUGUGUAAAUACAGUAUGAUCAACAGGGUUCCCCAGUAAUGGUCCAAAGUGUCAUUUGAAGUUGAUUAUGUUGAUAGAACAGAGAGAUACAGACUGACAUGUGUAUAAUGUUUAUAUGGACACAUUAUGCCAUUUAGACACACAUACAUAUGGACUAUGUUAAAAAAAUAACUUCAGAGACAGUUGUUAACUUUCUAUAUUUCUUUAUAUAAUAACUUGUUAAAGGCAAAUUGCCAAGCAACUAGCAAAGAAAACAAGACCCACAUUUCAUUACCAGUUUUAUAAAAGAAGUUUCUAUCCAUUUGCUGGAUGUCACUAAGAAACUCAUGAGAGUAAGAAGGCUUUCGCUGCACCCGAUGCUAACUUCUUAAGCACUAAAAACAUUUACAGGGGUGCUAAAUCAAGCGUAGUUGGAAUGAGAUUGCCAAUUACCUUGAAGGCACGAGGAGCAGUAGAGUAAGAAUUAAAACAAAUCCCUCUGAAACACUGGGCGACCUUCGCUGGGAGACCACUGAGAGAGAUGGCAGGGUUUGGCUGCUAUAUUUUAUAUGCUUUAUUUUCUUAUGUUGACAUUUUUAUUCCAUUAUAAAUACAUUUCUUAAAACAACCUCCAUUCUGUGGGGUUCUGGUUUUGUCUCUUCUUUGCUCUGACAUAUUUGACCUUCCGUGCUGUUUAGAUCUGUCAUGCUAAAUAGCAACUGAGUGCACUUUGUUUUUCAAGUUUUAUUAUUCAACCGGGAGAAAUAUUCAGACAGUGCACCUGUUUUGUUGUGAAAUAUAAAUAUAUACGCAUGCAGAGAGGAUGUAUGGGUUUCUAGCUGAGUGAACCAGAAGGAACUGAUGCAUCUACCUCUCGUUUCUCGCCAUAACUGAAUUAACGUCUGCACACUUGUGAAUCAGUGGAACAGCUGAGAAUUUGUGUGGGUGGGAAGUCUUAACGGAAGCUAAUGAGUUUAACAUCUCACUGCUAUAUACGCAUCCACUCACCCGUAGUCCAUCUAUCACUGUGAUUUUCAGUGGAUAUUUCUCUCUCCUCAGGAUAGUGCUUGAACGCCACACAACACCCUGCAUCUGAUUUACGGUUUAAUUCAGACUGCCUCUCUCCUCUCCUUUCUCUCUCCUCUUUGAGUGCCUGCCUCACAAUCUUUCCACUGCAGCAUUAGAGAUGAUGAUGAAGUUUUUUCAGUACGUCACCAAGCUGCAUGUCACACACACACACACACACACAUACACACCCACACAACUCUUACAAGAGUGUCACACACACACACACACACACACACAAACACUCACCGCCACAUGUAUGUCACUUCUGUGUCAAGUUUAUUUCAUCGUGCUCAUGCCUCUCCUUCUGCCUCUGGUGCCCCAGGUCCAUAAAUUCAGCGCAUCUCUACCCACCACUGUCUAGCUGCUGUUGGAUUUAUGAAGCCCAUGAUGAGCAAUGAGUGCCUGCAGAGGUGUGUGGAAAUCUACUUCACUCCUUGAGCUUACCCAGUUGUAGCACAUAGCAAUGCCAAUUUCCCUGCAUUUGAUUGUUAUUCUGCAAGGAUUUAUGAGUUAUAGUGUACUGAGUCGGAUGCAUUUUGCCUCGCUAACAGCUCACAUCCCAUACACUUAAGAGUGACUUUCUUAUCAGCCCAUUCCAUGUAAAUAAAUGUUGUUUUUUUGGCAUUUCACUCACAUAAAAUUCAUAUUUAAUCAUAUUUAUGAGCCUCACAAGCUCUGUGUCCAGAAACCAAAACAUGAAACCUGGGAUAUUUAGAGAUGUUUAGAAUAUUGUGGGUCUAUAACUCUGCAUUCAGUAAAAUCUACUCUACUUCCCAUUUCGACUGCAAACAGUUUUCAAACAGUUGCUUUUUCUUCUCUGACAGCAGAUUUCCCAAUGUUAACAGCGUGCAUGUAUACAUCUGCCCCGUAACAGCCACUAAUGAGUGCUGGAUCUAAGGAUACCAAUUGAAUAACAUAACAGACUAUCGGUGGAAACUACCUAAUUCACAGUGAGACUAGUGCACAUUUUUAAGUGAGAGCUUUCCUUUUGAUUUGCUAGCAAUUGAUUGCAAAAGGCUUGCUGUUGUUGAUGUCGUCGUGUGUUGAAAAGAAAAGGUAUUCAGAGUUCAAGAAUUUUCUCCAAGGUGAAAUGCUGUCGAGGCUGUUAUACAGCCUUUUGUUCACUGACAGUUGUUAAACAUAUUGAACUAAACAUCAUUGUUUGUCUUUCAGAGAAAUAAAAUGGAGCUUCAUUUAC